GUUGUCAUUGCAAGGCGGAUCAAUCUGCUAAGUUGAUAAAACACUAGACCUCUACAUUCUUCGCUCUUCGUACCAAAAUGGACAGCGACGCUCUUUUCCUCGUCAAGCAGCUCUUCUGGCAGGGGGCUUACAAAGCUUGCAUCAACGAAGCCACCUCGGUCGACAUCAGCGAUCAGACCGAUCCCGAAUCACUCUCCCGAGCCAUCUACGCCGCCCGAGCCCAUCUAGCUCUUCCAUCUCGCGAUAUCUCCUCUGCACUCUCCGUCCUCGAACCUGCUCUUACGGCUGACGAACCCGCCGCUUCCGUUCGUGCCGUCAAGUCCUUUGCCGAGUACCUCCAAGCCGAGGACAAGGCGAGCAAAGUCGAAGAGCUGAGGGAUCUCGUACUGGAAUACGAUGCCGAGGAGGUCAAUGACGAGACGAGAGAAGAGGAGAGGAUCGUAAGGAGUAUGGCAGGGACGGUAUUUAUCCUGGAGAAGGAGGUCGAAGAGGCUGUAACGACCUUGAGCGAAGGUUGCGGAAAGACCGACUUGGAAUGCACCGCUCUCUUGGUGCAAUUGCUGCUCAGCAUCCAUCGUCGUGAUGUCGCCCAGACUAUCUACCAGAACGCAAAGUCGUUCGGCGAAGACUCGUUGCUCAUGCAAAUCAUGGAGGCCUGGAUUGGAAUGAAGACGGGAGGUCGACCCCUCAACCAGUCGUACUACCUCUACGAAGAGCUCUACCAACUCCCUUCCGGUCGAACCCCUACCGUUUUAGCGUCUCAUGCUGCGGCUCAUCUUCUGCUCGGUCACGUCGAUGAAGCCAAGGCGGACAUUCUCGAGGCUCAACAGACUGAGAAUGGGAAGAACGAUGCUGCUGUGCUUAGUGUCGGCGCCACGUUGGGCAUGCCUGGGUGUUUCGAGCAACUGAAAUCGGUCGAUCCUUCUCACCCGAGCGUCUCCGAGUGGGAAGCAAAGUCCCGAGAAUUCGACGAGGCGGCCGCCAAGUUCAAGCCCGUUUCGGCUUGAUCUCGCGUAGACCUGUUCGAGCAUGUCAAACUGUUGUAACACGAGGAGUUUCUCUAGAUGGAGAUGAAUGAAUGGCCACUCCUGUGCGAAGUUGUUCUGUGCUUCGGUGGGCGGGUUUGUGCGA